UCCUGGUCUUCAAAUGCAGCGUCAUUAUUAAUGCUAGACCAAACUUAAAUGACCGAAAAUUAUUUUAAUUGUCAACAAUAUACCUAGUUAGCUAUAUCUACAUGCUGUACAUAUACGCCCUGAGUAUGCAAGUAAUUAUGAUGAGAUCUUUCAACUGGAAAUACUUAAUCAUUACUCCACCAAAAUAAACAUAGUGAUGGCGUCGUUUGGUCAUUGAGUGGCGAUUUUGCAAAGUAAAAACAAUCUACCCAGCUUCAAUACCUUAUUAAGAUUCAAAGCCAAAUGAACUCAUUGCAGAAUGAAUCCAUAACCAUGAAUAAAUAAGAAUAUUUAUUUGACAAGAAUGCACUCAGUCACCCAUCAAUCACCUGAUCUCCAAUUACCAUUGUUUUAAAGAAAACAAAAUGACAAAUGAGCCAAUGGAGACUGAGGGGUUGUGUCUCUGUGAAAAGUGCGGGAAGGAAUUGUCCGAUAGCAGCCGCCUUUCCUCUCACCUUUGCACUGUGGACUUCACCAAAAAGGGACAGUUGACCCGUUAUAAGUGUCCUUUGUGUGAUGAGGUCUUUACCAUGCCAGGUGCACUGAAACACCACUUCCAAAGCCAUCGGAGGGAGGAACUCACAGGUCCGUUCCACUGCUCCGAGGAGGGUUGCCAGUUCAGCACCUCACACCGGUUGGUGUUCCAGGAGCACCUGCACUCACAGCAUGCUCUCACCCUCGUCUCUUGUACCUUCCGGUCCUGCACCUUGGCAUUCCGCACACGUUCUGAGAUGGAGGGCCACUGGCGUAUCCAUAUGCCUUUCCACUGCCCCCGCUGUCACUUUGUGACCGCUCAUGCUAAACAGCUGAGUACCCAUGGUGUGGAACAUGACCGUCCACUUGCUGCACCUGAGGGUGACAAGGUGCCAACAACGACAGGCCAGGGUGGAAACAGCCAAUCGGCUCUUGAGACCAGCUCUGGAAGGCCAAAAAGGGCCCGGAAACGCAAUCCAGCAUAUGUGUCAUCAUCACAAGAAGAUGAUGAGGAUGAAGAAGAGACACAGCAGCACAACAUCGACAAUAGAGCCAGAGAGGAGGUGCAAAAAGACAAAGCAGCUACGAACAUCAAUGAGAACCCAUCUAAAGAUCAUAUUAUGGCAGGCAUGGAGCAUAUGUAUCGCACUCACAUCUGCCCCGAGUGCCGCCGCUGUUUCAAGAUGCGCUCCCACCUGCUGGAGCACCUCCACCUCCACUUCCCAGACCCCAGUCUCCAGUGCCCCACCUGCAACCAUUACUUCACCAGCAAGAGCAAGCUGCGCAUCCACAUGCUUCGGGAGUCUGGCCAGAAGGUCCAUCGCUGCCACCUGUGCGACUACGCCUCUGUGGAGCGCAACUCGCUCCACCGCCACCUGGCCAGUGUGCACUCCAACGAGGUAGGGGGUGACAUCCACCCGGAAGUCUACCCCUGCCCCACCUGCGGCCAGAGCUUCCGCCAGAGCCAGGCGCUCAAGUCCCACAUGAAGUCUCACCACACGUCGCGGGACAGCCAGCCACUGGCCUGCUUCCAGGAGGGAUGCUCCUUCAAUACCUCUGACCGGAAGGAGCUCCAGAGACACGCAGCCGAUGUCCAUGGAAUCAAGGCCGUAGAGUGCCGCCAUCAUGCCUGCAACGCCAUCUUUGGUAGCCCCCAGGACAUGGAGGCCCAUUACCGGACACACUUGGCCUUCCACUGCUCACAGUGCGACUUCUCCUGCUCCAACAAGAGCCUCUUCCGGCAGCACAAACUGCAAGGCCAUGCCGGGGACGAGGAGUUGACCUGCAACUUCUGCCCCUUUGCCACGUUCAAUCCCGUGGAGUUCCAGCAGCAUGUCGGCCAUUUCCACGCCAAUGAGAAGAUCCACCGGUGCCAUCAGUGCAGCUUUGUCACCGCACACAAGCGGGUCCUACGACGGCACAUGCUGAUGCAUAGUGGUGAGAAGCCCCACAAGUGUAACCUGUGUGACUUCAGGUGCCGUGAUGAGACCUACCUCUCAAAACACAUGCUCAUCCACUCAGAUGACAAGAAUCAUAUGUGCUCUGAGUGUGGAUAUGUCACCAAAUGGAAACACUACCUGAAUGUGCACAUGCGCAAACAUGCUGGUGACCUCAGGUACCAGUGUGACCAGUGCUCCUACCGUUGUCACCGUACGGACCAACUGAACAGCCACAAACUCCGACACCAGGCCAAAUCCCUGAUAUGUGAAGUCUGUGCAUAUUCCUGCAAGCGCAAGUACGAGCUUCGCAAGCACAUGCUCCUCAAGCACUCUCAGGGAGAGGGCCAUCAGCCUCCAGUCUUCCAGUGCAAGUACUGUCCCUAUCAGACAUGCUACCGCCAGGCUCUGCACAACCACGAGAACUGCAAACAUACCCGGACUCGAGAGUUCCGCUGUGCCCUCUGCCCCUACUCCACUUACAGCAGCACCGGCCUCUUCAUCCACAAGAGGAAGGCUCAUGGAUACGUGCCUGGCGAUAAGGAGUGGCAAGAGAACUAUGCAGAGAAGGAGAGGGAGAACUCUGUGGACCUACUGCAGGGCUUCUACAAAAUGCCAGCCAAGAACUCUGCAGAAGGUCCUAUCAAGAACCUACAGGAGAAAGUCGCUGGCUCUGCUGUUCAAAAUGAACACAACCUAGAAACUGUGACUGGCCCCAAAACCACAGAAAUGUCAAAUAAAAAUUCUGAUAUUGUCCAAGUGGUAGUUGACAAAGGGAUUCUGGCAUGUCACAAUUCAACAGAUAAUCCAGAGCAAUGCUGUACUUUAGUUUUGACAACAAUAGCUAACACAGAGUGCACUGAGAUGGCAUCCAUGCAGGGUGAGACACCAAACAGCAGAGACCCAACUUACAGAAGACCCACAGUGGACCCUAAAGGAUCUAACACCCUGAGCCAAAAGCCAGCAUCUGCAAGUGAGGCGGAGGAAGAGGACAUGGCUAUGGAGGAUUGCGAUGACCUAAACGAUUCAGAAGACAGAGAAACUCCUUUAACCGCUACAAGGCAACCAACAGAGGCUGCAGAGAACAACACACAGAUAGCGGAGGUGUCUAGCGCAGCUUGCAACUCAUCCGCCGACUCUGAGAUUCGUCUGAAGGCCAUGAGGAAGCAAGACAAGGACCAGGCGGAGGCUCUGGUCUUGGAAGGCCGGGUUCAAAUGCUGGUGGUGCAGAAUGAGGCCGGAGAGGCUAGCAUAUACCGGUGCGAACACUGCUCCUACGUGACUCGCAAGCAGACCUCUCUCCGACACCACUGCCGUUCCCUCUGCCUCGCCAGGUGGAAGAGACUCAAGUGCCAAGCCUGUGGGGCGCAGUUCAAACAGAAGAGAGGCCUGGACACCCACCGCCUUAGGAAGUGUCCCGCUCUGCGGAAGAACACCAGGAGGUUCAUUGGCACUCCCUCUGCUGGACCGUCUGGAGAAAGGGACUUGGGUCAGGGUAAAUCCCAGAUCCCUGAUAAAACCACAACCGCCGAUCAAUCAGAGUUAGUAUCUUGUGAUGUUGCGCCAACCGAAGUUUCCAUAGACACACAACCAGAAAUGAGAGGAGAGGAAGCAAACUUGUGCAAUUUGACCAAUCCUGGAGGCUUGGGUGAGAGAGGAUCUACAGCACUACAGAAAAGCCAAAGGAAGACAGUUGGAAAGACAAAAAGGCAAGUGAAAGUUGGCAGGGUAAAGAGACCUGUGAAGAUUAAAAAGAUCAAUGAAGGGGAAAUUUUAGGAAAGACAGACAAAGCCCAUCCUGUGAACACAGAGAAUGACAAUGCGCAUAGCUAUAUAGAAGAUGACAUGAAAUUCACUUGCAAGACGUGCAGUUUCAGGUCCUCCAGGGUUGUGACGAUAGAGCGCCACUGCUCGACGUGCACAAGAAAAACUCCCACAAAGAAAGCUGUCCGAAUUGUUAGCUCUCUGGAGCAGGAUGAUGACAGCAAUGAGGAGGAGGAGAAUAUUAAAAGGGGUUCUGAAGAAGAUGUGGUUGAGAUAAAGGUAUCAAAUCCAAGCUAUUCUCCUAAAUUGUCCUGUCCCAACUGUCUUUUCAGGUGCAAACAGAAGAGAGCACUGAUCAACCACGAGAAGCGAGGCUGCCUGAAGCCAGACGAGGUGCAGUGCGAAUUCUGCUCGUUUGUGGCCAAGUCACAGAAAGCUAUGGCUAACCAUGUACUGGUCCAUCGGAAAGACAAGUUAUCGCUCUUAAAAAAGGUCAAAAGGUCAGUUUUGCGUUGCGACCAUUGCCCCUUUACUUGUAAGCAAGAGCGUUGCAUGACCCAGCACGUGGCUCUGAAGCACGAAGGUGCCAAGCCCCACCGCUGCCGCUUCUGCCCGUUCAGCACCACACGGCGCUACCGCCUAUAUGCCCAUGAAUCUCUUCACACCGGCAUGGGCCGCCACAGCUGCGACGUCUGCGACCAGACCUUUGGCGCUGCCUCCAAACUCCGCCAGCAUCACAAGCGUGUCCACGACAAACAGCCCUCUCAUUUCUGCACCCUGUGCGACUUCAGCAGCUACUCUCUCAACGAUGUCGGACGACAUACCCUCCGCUGCCACACAGGGAAGCUCCUGCACCCCUGCAGCCAAUGCGAGGCACGCUUUAGCUCCGACACAGCGCUCAAGCAGCACUGCAGCCGCAAACACCUGAGCCCCGCCAGCGUAGCAUGCCAGCAAUGUGACUUCAGCUGUGGCAGCCAGGCCACCCUCAAGGUCCACCAGCAGAAAAAGCACCCUCAGCUGGACUGUGCCACCUGCCAGGAGACUUUCCCCACCCGGGAGGGCCUGGAGGAGCACCAGAGGACCCACCUCACCCAGCAGUGCUUGCUUUGCCCCUUUGCCACCCGUAAGAGGCAGCCACUCAUCCAGCACCUUCUCGACGAGCAUGAGGAUGGCCCCCCAGAGGACAAGCCACUGAAGUGUGCCAUCUGUGGCUUCGCCUGUCGCCACCAACUGGUCUUUGAGCAGCACGUUCGCUCCCACGGGGGUACCCGCCUUUACAAGUGCACAGACUGCCAGUACUCGACUCGCAACAAGCAGAAAAUCACAUGGCACAUUCGCAUACACACAGGGGAGAAGCCCUACCAUUGUGAGCAGUGCAGCUACUCCUGCGUAGAUCCAUCAAGGCUAAAGUAUCACAUGAGGAUCCACCAGGAGGAGAAGAAGUACCUCUGUCCUGAGUGUGGCUACAAAUGCAAGUGGAUGAGCCAAUUGAAGUAUCACAUGACCAAACAUACAGGGGAUAAGCCAUAUGCGUGCGAGGAGUGUGAGUACCGCACCAACCGUGGUGACGCCCUCCGCAUCCACAGGGAGACGCAGCACUGUGACGCUCGCACCUUUAUCUGCGAGAAGUGUGGCAAAGGCUUCAAGACGCGCUUCCUCCUUAAGACCCACCAGCGUAAACACAGCGAGGAGCGGCCUUACGUGUGCGGCCUGUGCCGCAGGGCCUUCCGUUGGCCAGCCGGCCUCCGCCACCAUUACCUCACCCACACCAACCAGCAGCCUUUCAUGUGCCGCUACUGCCCCUACCGUGCCAAGCAGAAGUUCCAGGUGGUCAAGCACCUCCGGGGGCACCAUCCGGACCAGCCUGUGGAGCAAGGGGUGGCCAAGGAUCCCCACGCCCUCAGCCUAACCCUGCAGGAUGCCCGUCUGGGGGGGCUGGAGGAGGGGGCUAGGGAGGAGGUGGAGGAGGGAGCUCGGGAGGAGGGGAUGGAGGUGAUUGUACCGGAUGGGGUAGAGGUGUUGGUGCAAGAGAGGAUGGAGGAGGUCAAGGAAGGCUAGCAAGGUGAGGAGUAAAAAGGUUCAGCACACUCAACUGGAACCUGAGAAAACAUUUUAGUGAACGUUUUGAUGCAGUUUUCCUCAUCCAAGCAUGAUGAGGACUGGGCUACAGCGGUAAACUUGAAUUAAACAUCAACAAAGGACCUUGUCUUAACGAGUAUGCAUGUACAUAUACUACUGCAGAGUGCACCAUGAAACACAUAUACAAUUGUAUGUUUAGUAUUAAAACAUUGUCAAUUAAUGGCGUAUAAACAAAUUGCUAACUGACAAUUACAAGAAAUGGGCAGUUUAAAAAUGUUUAACCAAUAGGAAUAUAACUUUUUAUAUUAAGAUGUUUUCAAAACAGCAGGUCUUUCAUUUCUCUUUAUUUAUAGAGCUCCAUGCGCAUGCAUACAUUACAGUAUAAUCUUUUACAACACAACGCAUGAGAUAGCGAUAUAGUUUCAUGCCAUACUUUGAGGAACUGUACAAAAUGUCUAUGGAAAUGCUUGGAUGGAGGACUAAUUGUCUAUGCAGUACUCGAGGUCAUUGCAUAGUCUGUAACCCUAAAAGGACUUGUGAGCCCUGCAGUAUGUCAGUUAUUGUAUCAGUUCGAUCAACCAAGUGCUAUUGAACAUUGCUUAAUGCGUUCCUAUGACAUGACAAGUUAAAAAACAUGGAUUAUUUUAAAAGAUUUUAUAUUGGGGAAAUGGCAAAAUAUCACUUAAUUGCUGUGAGUUCCCAGGUGUUUUUUCAUCAGUGUGAGGUCCCACUAAUGUUUGCUUGAACAGAAAUGGGUAUUUAUGCAGAAAUACUGUAAAGCAGUUCAUACCGAUGUAUUUUCAAUACUGAUAACAGUUCAUUUGAAAGUGACAGCAAUCAUGAGGUAUUGUAGCCCUCCCAUGUAGUUGGAGUUUGCAGCAUGUUAUUCAGCCAAUCAUUGGGCCAUCAGACUUCUGUUGUUACCUCAGAGAUCUUGACGUUGACAAACAGAGUAGACAGGGGGAUCGCCGUUCCGUCUUUGGACAAGAGGUGGAUGUGCCGAUAUCCUGGGAAAAGUGGGGAGAGCAUCCAGUAGAAAUUCAGAUUUUUGUCAGGAAAGAGCCACUUAGAAACCUUCACUCAGACAGUAUGAUAUGUACAUUUGUACAUAACAGGCUUAAAUAAAAAAUUCAGCUGAGAUGUACAA